AUGAGACCAGAUGAGACUUCACAAGGGAAACUCCCUUCGUUUCCGAGUUUUCCUCCCCCACCUGGCGAUCCUUUAAACAACAGUAACAACAACAACAACAACAACAACGUCGGGAAUAACUACUAUGGCCAAAGUCAUCAUCAAUAUGCAAACAGUAGAAGUUCGUGGGGUGAAGGAGCUCCGCCUUCAGCAAGUUCUACUGUUGCACCGCUUGUUGGGCUUCAGGAUGCACAUACGCAGCGUGAGGAAUACGCUAACGCGGCAAUUCAGUCUUCCGCCGAGUAUUGGGUACGUGAACAGGCACGACGUGAGGCGGUUAAACAAGUAUCCCGAACGGAGGCAGGUGCAAUGCUGGCUGAAAACUCUGGUUAUAAUAAAGACAAAGAUAAGGAUCCAUUGGAGUUUGUAACAGGAUCCCCAAAAUAUAUGUUUCGUGUAGUUUUGUUAUUGUUAAUAGGUCUAUUUGGAGCUAUACCAUUAAUGUCACCUUUUGCUUUGACGGUGUUGUUAACAGGAUGUGUUGUAACUUAUGUAGCGGAUUUUGCUGGUUACCGUCGUGGAAGUGUACUUGCUAUUAUUGGUACUACCACACUAUUUGGUGUAGCACUUUUUCUAUCUAAUUUACAUGCUUCUAUUUCAAGUGUGGGUCCUUUAUGCAUGAUACUAAGUAUAUUUGGUUUACUAUUUACAUCAGCCAUGACGGCAUUUUUGCAUUUUCACUGGCUUCAACUUUCAUUUCCAGAACUUAUGUUUGUAAUGGAACGUUGUGAGCUUGGUAUUACCCCAAUCCUCGUUUUACCAUCUUUGCUAUCUACUGUAACGGCAUUUGUUGGUUCACGUCAUGCACCUGCUUGGUUUAUGUUAGUUAUGUGUGCAUUACAUCAUUAUUUUUAUGAACCAAUGGAUAGUAGUUUUGUUAUGCAACGACAUCGUUCUAUUGGUGCGGAAGAAACAGCAGAUAGGGAAACGGAAGAGAAUGAUGAUAGAGAUGAAGUGGUACCAGUACCAGCUAAUGGGAAACCUGAGUCAGUGAUAUUUACUCUAUUGUUAUUAGUUCUUCCUUCUGUUAUUUACUUAUCUUUUCAAAUUAACUGGAUGGAGGCAUGGCUUCCUAACAUACUUAAUACACUUGGAAUGAUAUGUGGUCCUAUCGCGUACCUUUGCUGGAAUCCCCGGCGCAGUUUGUGGUUUUUACUUCCUACAAGAAAAACACUAAAAAGUCGUCUUGAGAAUGAUCCACUUGGUGUUCAAGAAGUUGUUGGUACUUACGGGAGACCUUUUCUCAUUCUUAGUAUAGUGAUGGGAUUACAUUGGGCCAUUUACCGAAUUUUACAUUCACGAUACAGAUUCCUAUUUAAUGGAGUAUCUCCUCCACUAAAUGGUAUUUUUUUGGCUCUUGGGAUGUAUACUGGAAUUUACGCUAUAUAUUUGCUUAAAAAAUUACUAGAUGCAGAUGAACGGGGAGAAGAUACACAUAGUUCCAAAUAUAUAAAAAUACGCGUUUCAUUGGUUGCAGCUGCCGCUAUUUCUUGUGUUUUCAUAGCAAUAACAGCAGGAUUACCAGGAAGUUUUAUUCUACUGUUAGUAUUAUGCGUAACAUCUAUUAAUUUCUUCCUUAUGGAUCGUGUUAAUACUGGACCAAUGGUUUCAUUUACUAUCUUUUCUAGUUUACUUCUUAUGUGGUGGAUGUAUCGUAUGUUCUCCUUUAUUGUUGUGGAUUUACAUGUGCUUGGGGAAUCUGCAGUUAUUCCAACUCCUAUAGUGGCAGUAAACGUUUUAUGGUGCUAUGUACUUAGCUGUAUAGCCUUUACGGUAUCUUUUUCUACAAAUAAAGUACCUUUUGUUAUUGCACUUUUUGCCCAUUCUUUACAAGUGGCAUGGGUAGAACACGUUUUAUAUUCACAGAAGGAGGAAAAUGUUUAUCCUGCAGUACUUGUAUUAUUUACAACGGCUGUUGGUGUGAUGUUAGCAUCAAGACUUUAUAAGAAUGAAACACUUGGUAUUUCUUCUGCUGCCUUUAUAGCAGCUUCUUAUAUUGCGAAAAUUAUGACAUUCCUUGUAGAGAUGACAGGUUCAUAUUAUCUUUCUGAAUCAGAUGAACAUGAUAGUAAACGUAUUCAUGCAUUAGAGAUUGGAAUAGUAUGGUGGGCAGCACUUUUUAUGGGGUAUGUUGUGGUAUUAUUUGAAUUAGAGAAAAGAAAACAAAUGAAGAGUAAUAAUGCUAAAAGACUUACAAUACUCUUUAUUAUAAGUGCUGUCGUUGUCACUUUAUGUACAGCACGUAAUUUCCAAAGAGCCGUAUAUGAAUUUCUUACACAAAGUCGUCUUGCCUAUUCUAAUAGAAUACAUGUAGUGUUUGGAACUUCUUUGGUAUUUCUCAGUAGUAUGAUUUAUCCAUUCCUUGUGCGACAUACUAUACCACACUCCUUUAUGAAUCAAUGGAAAUCUGUAGUUCGUGGAGUUUUUGCAAUAGGUGUGAUUCUUCUUAUUACUCAACCUACACGUAUUGCAGAUUCUUUAAGUGUAACUGAAUAUGAAUAUGUGAAUGAUAUCAGUAGAUACUUUUCUGCUCUUGGUAUGAUGCUUCUUGUUUUGGGAAGAUUUCUUCCAAUGACAUCUAUACAUUUUUUGAUUCGUGCCUGUUAUUGGUUUAUUACUACAGGAUGUAUUUCUGUUGGUCUUUCCAUGUAUUUAUUGCCUGUACCGACAUUUCUUCUCUUUGUUGGUGUGUAUGGAUUUGUAUUCUUUUCACUCUUAACAUUGGAUGUCGUUCACUACCGCAAAAUGGCCCCUAAUGAAGGUUGGAUUAUUUAUGGUGUUUCUAUUUGCUUUAUGGUGUAUACACUCGUGAUAAUGGGUGGUGUGGAUAUACGCGAAUACACAUCUGGUAAUUCACUUCUCACAUGGUCUAUCUAUACAACAGGACGAAAACGAUUACUCUCUGUAGCAUCUGUGACCAAUCUCUUUAUAGCUAUUGUAUUAAAGUUUCGAUUGGCUGGUAAAUCCCUUCUCCCAUCUCCACUGCCGCUUAGUUCAGAUAUGGUGGAACAGGCAGGUGUGGUGGUGAAUUACUCUACUGUUAUUGCGGUUACGGCAUUAACAACCCUGAAUGUCUGGUGUAAUGGCAAUGAACCGGGAUUGCAUGUGGCCACUUCUCUCUUUCUCUUAUUAUUAGUGGAGGAUGGUAUACUCUUUACAGAUCUGGAACGAGGACACUUCCGUUACUUUCCUGUAUUGCUGUACUCUGUCAUCACUCUCUGGAUUACCCUCCUGCAUGAUUCCUAUGUCUCUGGUCAUCUCUCACUUCCGGAUAGAGUUCAACAGGCGGUGUGGGGUGUCGUGUCGGCGUUGCCGGUGUUGCCUUCACACAUCUCACUGUUGAUGUUGUUGUGGUUUGGCAAAAAACGUGGGGGCACUCCGUCUUCGGGUGUACUCUUCUUUGUGGCUCUUGACAUUCUCUGUUUACUGCUCUCCACACGCAAGACUGUGCAGUGGAUGGCGAUUGUGGGUGUAUGUGGACAGAGUGCCCGGCUGUUUGAGGCACAGUUCUGGAAAAGACGGCUAGAAGUGAUGUUGUAA